AUGUUUGUUCCAAAUACCAUGGCUGGGAGCCAGUCUUUUCGAUCGAGCUUUACCCAUGCAACGCGACUACUAUCGCACCACAGAACCCAGUCGACCUUCGCAGUUCAAAAGCCCUAUUGGGAUCAUAUACAGCCAUGGAAGGAUGUCUCCAAAGAUGAGUUCAUAUCUUACCGGUGGCAGCUUCGUAACACUAUCUCCGACAAGCACAAGCUUUAUCAGUUCCUCAAGGCCGUCUUGCCCGACAGACUAGUGCGCUCGCAGCAUGAUCAACUGAAAAAGAUCCGUACCAAGGAUGAUUUCAUCGAGGACGCCAUCGCUGCUAUCAAGUUGGCACCCAUGGCUAUUCGCCUAACACCACAUGUACUCUCGCUAGUUGAUUGGGAGAAUGCUGUAGACGAUCCUAUUCGGAGGCAGUUUCUUCCUCUCCAAAGUGGCAUAAUCCCCGAUCACAAGAAUAUGGAGUUGGAUUCUUUACACGAAGAAGCAGACAGCCCAGUCCCUGGCUUAGUUCACCGAUAUCCCGGAAGAGCUUUGUUCUUAGCCACAUCGAUUUGCCCUGUGUACUGUCGCUUCUGUACGCGAUCCUAUGCUGUCGGCGGAAACACCGAUACAGUAUCGAAGAAACCACAAAAGCCCAGCCGGAAGCGAUGGGAAGUUGUCUUCGAGCAUAUCGCCAACGACUCCUCUCUCGAAGAUAUUGUUGUUUCGGGUGGCGACGCCUACUUCUUACAACCCGAUCACAUCGAAGAGAUUGGCGACCGGCUCCUCAGCAUUCCUCAUAUCAAACGAGUUCGGUUCGCUUCGAAAGGACUUGCCGUGGCUCCUGGUCGGAUACUUGAUGGCUCUGAUCCGUGGGUUGACAGCUUGAUCAAAGUGUCGAACAAAGGUCGAGACAUGGGAAAACAAGUAUGUCUUCAUACCCACAUCAACCAUGCCAACGAGAUCACGUGGAUAACGGAGCUGGCCGCGAACAAGCUUUUCAAGCAUGGCGUCAUUGUUCGUAAUCAGUCCGUCCUCUUGAAAGGUGUCAACGAUGAUUUCGCGCCGCUCUCGGAUCUCAUCAAGAAGCUCUCAAACAUCAACAUACAACCGUACUAUGUCUAUCAAUGUGACAUGGUACAAGGUAUCGAGGACCUCCGAACGCCUCUCAGCAAGAUCAUUUCCCUAGACAAGGAACUUCGAGGAACUCUGUCCGGUUUCAUGAUGCCUUCCUUUGUCAUCGACCUUCCUGGAGGUGGUGGGAAACGUCUUGUCUCUACCUAUGAGACAUACGAAGACGGUGUUGCCGAGUACAAAGCGCCCGGUCUUCCCGGUACCAAAGGCACGAGGACAUAUACCUACUUUGAUCCGAAACCUGUAGAAUCAACAGUACUGGAGGAGUUCCGACAAGACCAAUUCCAGGCCCUCGAGAGAGGUGAAACACUCGAGCAGUUUUUCGCUCAAUCACCUUCUCGACCGCCAAUUCCUACUGGACCGAUGUUGUCCAUACCGAAAGAGCCUUUCCAACCAUACCCAGGAAUGACGGUGAAUCGACCCGAGCCAUGGGUACACGAAACCGAGGCGCAAGCGGCAUAG